AUGUCUAUGCUCGACUCGACUCCCCUUCAAGCCUUUGCAGCAGGUGCCGCACUUUGUUCUACAAGUCUCGGCACAACAUUCACGAUCCUCGGCACAAGUGGCCUUUCUUCGACUCGUCUCGGUGUCGUCUUGACCAGCGCUGCUAUGAUGGAUGAUGUGGUUGGUCUUAUUAUGGUGCAGGUUAUUUCAAACCUCGGCGGCAAUUCUUUCGACGUUGUCACUGUUGUAAGACCCAUCGCGGUUUCUCUCGCUUUUGCAGUUGUUAUCCCUAUUCUGUGCAGAUUUAUCGUCGUGCCAGUUACUAUCCGCCUGAACUCUUACCGCGGGGCAAACCCAUCCUCCAUGGUCUCAAAGCUUCUUGGUAUGAACCAAACUGCCUUUGUUAUCCAUACAGGGUAUCUUCUUGGUGUGGUUAUUGGGGCAACAUUUGCUGGUACUUCGAGUCUCUUGGCCGCUUACAUCGCUGGUGCAACUAUUAGUUGGUGGGACUCUGAAGUACCACAUUUGGAUUUAGAUAUCGACAAUUCUACAGCCACAGAAUCGGAACAGGCUUCGACCACUGAUAAUCAGGCUGUGGGAGAGUCUUCUGUUCAAACACCUCCACCAAAGAUCAUGGAAGGUGGUUCAGGUGCUGAAGUAUUCCAUCGUUUUUAUGAGCCCGUCCUACAGCGACUUCUCAAGCCAUUCUUCUUUGCGUCUAUCGGCUUCUCUGUUCCCAUAACCCAAAUGUUCACAGGACCUACGGUCUGGCGUGGAGUCAUCUACACGAUUCUAAUGAUUUUUGCAAAACUCGCAUGUGGGCUAUGGCUUAUUUCCUUCACCAGCCCUUUCAGAGCCCUCGCCCGGACUGUACGAAAGAUCGCGCCCACCCUCCAAAAGUCAUCAAAGACUCUAGCGCCUGGUGCCCAAUGCACAGAUACUUCAGCACGAGAAGGAUCCAGUGAUUCUCAACAGCAAUCUGAAGAACGUGAUGCUGUCCCUUUACAGGCCAUUCCAGACACGAACACAUCGCAAGUCUCUCCUCAUACACGCAACUCGACACCAAAGCCUGAGAAGGCACUGUCACUUUAUCCAGCAUGUAUCGUUGGUAUUGGCAUGGUAGCUAGGGGAGAGAUUGGCUAUCUGAUUUCUGCACUAGCUGAGAGUAAGGGUAUCUUUGGUCGUUCAGAGAACGGUCAAUCGUCCGAUAUUUUCCUCAUAGUCACUUGGGCUAUCACGCUUUGCACGGUGAUUGGGCCGGUAUGCGUCGGGCUCAUUGUGAAUCGAGUAAGGAAACUGGAGAAUGGAAGUCAGAAGACGAGAGGUGAAAGUAAGAGGAAUGUCCUAGGAGCAUGGGGAGUCAGUUAG